CGCUGUCUAGACAACAUCGAGCAAAUAUAGUAAACAGUUUUUAUUGAAACAAAAACAACUAUAAUUUGGAAAUGUCGAUGUUUGACAAUCCUGACCAGAUCCGGGAGCUGGCAAAUCUCCUGAGCCCCAACCCAAGGCGUGGUGGGAUAGACUACAGCAGCAGCGACGAUGAAGACUCUGUGGUGCCGCGACUAACACCCGGUGGCAUCGGACCGGGUGGAUCGGCUGCAGGCGCGGGGAAAAAGAAAAAAGUGAAUCCGGUAGCCACACCGCUAGUUGAGACCCCGAAAGAGCAGCCCAAAACAUUGGAGGAGUGGCAGGAGCAGCAAGAACGGGAAGAUGCUGAUGUGCUGGAGGAGCGCCUAUGUCCUGAAUACACCAUGACCUACCGCCAGGCAGUGGGGACGGAGGAUGUAUAUCUCCAGAUGGGCAAUCGCACGGGCGCCUCAGCAAGCUGCGAAGAUCUGGUUGUAGAGAUAACGUUGCCCGACGAGCCAAUGCGAGUGGACCAAAUGGAGCUGAAGAUGAAGGAGUCUGAGCUCGAUUUGGCAACAUCCAAGUACCGACUGAGGUUGCCCCUGCCACACCCAGUCGACACCGAUAGAAGUAAAGCUAAGUACGAUAGCGAGCUAAAGAAGCUGCAAGUGACGUUGCGACUUCGAAGAGAGCUGGACUUUGUCAAUUUCUAAGACCCCCUCUAAUUUUCAAACACAAACACCCACUCUUUUUCUUUUCUUCCCUCGGUAACUCCUUUUUUGUUACAUUUGUGUAUUUGUGUUACAUCUAGACUAUUUAAUUACCUGAAAUGUUGUGUGUUGUUAGCCUCCAAAUCUUUAUGUGACUUACUUUUGGACAUCUUGCCACUUAGAUCUACGUGGCUUAAAUUGUAGCUAAAGUGGAUAUGAAAUUUGGCAAUAAACUAAAUAAAUCUUGUGACUGAAUUCAAA